ACCCCGGACCGACAAAGCAGAGCACGCGCUGGCAGCCAAGUGCACACAGACACGUCUCUCUGUUCGUUCUCAGCUUGCUAUAGCAACCUCUAGUAGGUAGCCAUGGAGAUGGUCCUGGACUGGCGCUCGCUGGGCUCCCUGCUGGCGACCGUCGUGGUGUUCCGCACCGCGCUGCGUAACUUCCUGCCGCCGGAGGCCGAGAUGCUCCUGCGCCGCUUCCUCGCGUGGGUCGCCGCCGCGUUCCGCCCGCCCAGCGACACCAUCCUCAUCGACGAGGCGGACGGGCCCACGGGGAGCGCCAACGACCUCUACGAGUCGGCGCAGCUCUACCUCAGCGCGCGCUGCCUCGCCACCGCGCCCGCCGUGCGCCUGCACAAGCCGCGCCAGUCGCCGCGCCCCGUGGCGUCGCUCCCGGACUCGCACACCACCGACGACACCUUCCGCGGGGUCCGCGUCAAGUGGACCUCCACCACGCGCACCGUCGACCGCAGCGGCAGCGGCGGCGGCGGUAACCCGUACAACAUAUUCGGCCGCGGCGGCGACCAGCGCGGCCUCGAGCUCCAGUUCCCGCGCCAGCACCGGGACCUCGUCCACCACCACUACAUCCCGCACCUCAUCGACGAGGCCACCCGGAUGCGGCUCAAGUCGCGGGAGCGCCGCCUCUACACCAACCGCGCCACGGGGCCCUGCGACGACCACCACCGCCUCUGGACGUCGCACGCCUUCGCGCACCCGUCCACGUUCGACACGCUGGCGCUCGACCCGGCGCUGCGCGACGAGGUCCGCGCCGACCUGCUGCGCUUCGCCGCGCGCCGGGACCACUACGCGCGCGUCGGCCGCGCCUGGAAGCGGGGGUACCUGCUCCACGGCCCGCCCGGCACGGGCAAGACCAGCCUCGUCGCUGCCAUCGCCAACCUGCUCGACUUCGACGUCUACGACCUGGAGCUCACCACGGUGCCCACCAACUCCCACCUCCGCCGCCUGCUCGUCUCCACCACGCCCAAGUCCGUCGUCGUCGUCGAGGACAUCGACUGCUCCCUCGACCUCUCCGACCGCAACAAGAAGACAAAGAAGGGUGCUGGCGUCGGCGUCGGCAUCGGCACCGCCGGCGACGAAGACGCCGCAGCACAGCUCGCCGUCAUGUCGGUGUCGCCGGUCGCGGCGGCCGUGAUGGGGCGCGAGUCCGUCAGCCUCUCCGGGGUGCUCAACUUCGUCGACGGGCUCUGGUCGUCCUGCGUCGGCGAGCGCCUGAUGGUGUUCACGACCAACCACCCGGAGCGGCUCGACCCGGCGCUGCUCCGCCCGGGCCGCAUGGACCGCAAGAUCGAGCUCGGCUACUGCACGCCGCCCGCGCUGCGUGUGCUCGCCAAGAACUACCUCGGCGUCGGCGACGAGGGCUGCGACGACGCCGACGCGGACCCCGACACGGUCAACGCCCUCAUGGCGGAGGCCGAGGGCCUGCUCGCCGCCGCCGAGGUGCAAAUCACACCCGCCGACAUCGCCGAGGUGUUCAUGGGCUGCGACGGCGCGGGCGCCGCCGCCGCGCUGAGGAAGCUCGUGGGCGAGCUGCGGCGGAGGCGGGAUGCUGCUGCCCUUGCCACGGCCGUAGCACCGCCGGAAUAAAACCAGCCAGGGAUCCUACGUAGCGCGCCACCAUGCAUAGCUGCCUAGUCAGCUUCCAUUACUUUGAUGCUAGGUGGUUUAUUUAUUGAGUCGUGACGGUGCAAUGCGAAGUGUCGUGUGUCAGGUGUUUCCCUUCUCAUUUAGUUUGGGUUCGUGUUUUUGUGUCGUGCUAGUACGUACGGAUCCCGUAGGCUAGGCAGCCAAUAAGCCAAUAAUGGACGCUGAUUACCCAGGCACAACAAUACUGUUAUAUGACAGAGCUCGCCCAUUGCAU